AUGGCAUCUCAUAUCUACUACAUUUUCCCCAAACUUUUCUUCAGCAGACAUCCUUCUCAGUUCUUUGUAAACACUCCAUUUGUGGUGACAAAAUUCUACCAGCACAUCCUUGCCCUGGUGUUUGCCAUUGAUGAGAUUAACGAGAAUCCCAAGAUCUUGCCCAAUGUCACUCUUGGGUUCCACAUCUAUGACAGCUACUCUGAUUCAAGGAUGACCUACCGUGCCACUCUGGACCUUCUCUUCAAAUCACAUCAGUUUGUCCCCAACUACAAAUGUGGCAUUCAUGAAAAUGUAAUAGGAGUCAUUGGGGGAAUGAGCUCCGAUACCUCCUCACACAUAGCUGACAUCUUAGGUCUUUACAAGAUUCCACAGAUUUCAUAUGGCUCAUUUGAACCAGCAGUCAAUGAUCAAAGUAAGUUUCUUUCUUUUUACCGCAUGGUCCCCAAUGAAGCCCUCCAGUACGAGGGAAUUGUCCAGUUACUUCUGCAUUUCAGAUGGAAAUGGGUAGGUCACAUUGUUGUGGAUGAUGAAGGUGGACAACGUUUCUUGCAGACCAUGGAGCCAAUGCUUUUGCAGAAUGGAAUCUGUUCAGCAUUCAUAGAAAAAGUUAUAAAAUCUUUGCAGUUAUCACUUAAGAUACCUGAUUUGAUCAAUGAGAUAAAGAAGAUUUGGCCAAAUUUCUUGAGAAGCAAAGCCAAGGCAGUCAUUAUUUAUGGAGAAAGUUCAACUAUCAUAUGGUUGGGAAGUGUUAUAAGGAUGAUUCAAGUAAUAUUUCCUCAUUACAAAGAGAUGUUAUCUACAGCAAAAGUGUGGAUAACGACAGCACAGAUCGAUUUUACAUUGUAUACCCUUCAAAAAUUUGUUGACAUUGAUAUGCAAAUGUUCCAUGGUGCUAUCUCCUUUGCAGUUCAGUCAAAGGAGCUGGAAGGCUUCCAAGAAUUUCUUCACACUGCAAAUCCUUCGUGGGCAGAUGGAGAUGGCUUUAUCAAUUUUUUCUGGGAACAAGCAUUCAGUUGUUCAGUUUCAAAGUCCACUGUGUUAACAUUCAUUGGUAUUACAUGUACUGGAGAAGAGAUGCUGGAGAACCUUCCUUCUCCUUAUUUUGAAAUGAGCAUGACUGGCCACAGCUACAGUAUCUAUAAUGCUGUCUAUGCUCUGGCACAUGCCUUACAUACCAUGUACUCAGCUAGUGCCAACCACAGACGAAUGGAGGCCAAAGGAAGACUGUCUCCUCUGAAUGUAGACCCCUGGCAGCUCCACUCAUUUCUUCAAAGGAUGUCAUUCAACAACAGUGCCGGGGAUGAAAUUACAUUAAAUGAACAAGGAGAAUUGGCAGCUGGCUUUGAUAUUACAAACUUGGUCACAUUUCCAAAUCAAUCCUACAUGCGGGUUAAAGUGGGAAGAUUGGAUCCUCAGGCUCCUCUUGAGAAAGUGUUCACCAUUAACGAGGACAGUAUCAAAUGGAACAAAGACUUGACUCAGAAUAAUUCUGAUAUUUCACUACAUAGUACUUUUGAUUCUAGAGGAAGACAGGAAGAAAAAGCCACAUUUGAUGAAUUUCUUUUUGAAGCAUCUAUGGCAGAAGAUUUUGGGCAGAAGUUUUCAAAAUCUUAUCUGGAAACUUGUGUCAGUUGCCCAGAAGAUCACUAUUCAAACAAAGCCAAGGAUCAAUGCAUUCCUAAGAUUCCAAACUUCCUAGCUUUUGGAGACACUUUGGGAAUCAUUUCCAAUUUCUCUGCCCUCCUAUUGUGUCUGAUCACAGUUCUGGUGCUGGGCAUUUUCAUUAACCACCGGGACACGCCCAUAGUGAAAGCUAACAACCGAAGCCUCACCUACAUUCUUCUCACCUCCCUCCUUUUCUGUUUCCUCUGCUCCUUGCUGUUUAUUGGAAUGCCAAAUAAGGAAACCUGUCUUUUCCGACAAACUGCUUUCGGCAUCAUCUUCUCUGUUGCUCUCUCCAGCAUCUUGGCCAAAACCAUUUCUGUGGUUUUGGCAUUCAUGGCUACUAAGCCAGGAUCCAGGAUGAGGAAAUGGGUGGGGAAAAGAUUGGCUUAUUCCAUUGUCAUCUCCUGCUCCAGUGUCCAAGUAGGGAUCUGUUCUCUCUGGCUGUCAACUUCUCCCCCAUUCCCAGAUUUGGACAUGUAUGUAAUGACUGAAGAAAUUGUACUGUCAUGUAAUGAAGGAUCAAUUCUCAUGUUUUGCUGUGUCUUGGGCUAUAUGGGCAUCCUAGCCAUUGUCAGCUUCAAUGUGGCCUUCCUAUCCAGGAAAUUACCAGACAGCUUUAAUGAAUCCAGGUUCAUCACGUUCAGCAUGUUGGUCUUUUGUAGUGUUUGGUUGUCCUUUGUUCCAACAUACCUUAGCACGAGUGGAAAAUACAUGGUGGCUGUGGAGAUCUUCUCUAUCUUGGCUUCCAGUGCUGGCUUACUGGGUUGCAUCUUUUCCCCCAAAUGCUACAUUAUUGUGCUGAGGCCUGAGUUGAACAACAGGGAACAGCUAAUACGAAGAAAACAUAUCAAUAAUAGAUGA